CAAGACGGUGCUACUGGUCACUUGGAAUCUGAAUUCAGUGACGACCUCAGAAAGUUAAAGCAGAUUUGCUUGUUGGUAGCAAAGCUUCCGUGAUAGUGACACUCUGGUCCAGCUUGACGACUUUCAGUUGUAUGUAUAUAUGGAUGCAAUGGAAAGAGAACUUUUCGUUGAUUAAUUAUCCCAUACUUCUUUUAGGUGGUAGGAAGGUGUGGAAUACUAUUAGUGUGGCCAAUUAGAGCGCUUCAUUGGUUUACGGGAGCCAAGAUGAAAACUUGUUCUGCGUCUGGCUGCGUCACAACGCACAACAGCCCCGUAUCUCUGCACCAGUUCCCGAAAGACCCAGUACGAAGACAAGAAUGGGCGAAUGCAACAGGCAGAUAUAAAUUUGUCCCUACCAAGUUCAGCUACUUGUGUGCUAGACACUUCAAAGAAGAGGACAUCGAUCGUUCUUCGAGCUCCAAGAUUCGAUUACGCCCUGGAGCUACGCCUUCUAUUUUUGGACCUGUACUGCCUCAUCACAAAGCUGGAGGUGGUAAACCAAUGCGAAUGAGAAGAAGGGAUCAUAUUCCAGAAAACGCAUGUGGUGACAUUGGCACUUUAUCCCGUGAACAACCACGAAAUCAGGAAUGCGGUGAAGUGGUACAAAUAAAGCGAACGUUCCAGCAAAAACUCGCGCUUAACGGUAAUAUAAUUUUUGACCCUGUGUUGCCCCUCUCAAAAGUUGAUAGUGGCAUAUCAAAAAAGAGACAAACAGAAUCUAUUCAAGAAUCCGAUGCUAACGGGAGUUUAGAGGCAUCGAAGAUUCCCAAGUGUGAGAAAGAAAUAGUGACAUCUGGUGAAUAUCUGCCCGCUGCGAAACCAAGUUUUGACCAGUCGCUCUCUCUGUCCUCCAAGAAGGUAAAAUUGGAAGGAAAUGUUCUGAAACGUGCAAAGCAAGACUAUGAAAUGAAACAUUUAAGCCAAAAACAACCAGCACAAACUAAACUGAAAGUCAAGUUUUUGCAGAAGCGACCUGCGCAGUUUAAAAGCAAGUCAUUUCAUCAGAAACAACGGUCUUUAGCUCAGUCGCCUCAAGAGAUGCUGGCCCAAUCUGGGAGUAAAGCCAAACCUUCAAAGAAACGAGAACAGCCCACUAAAGUUGGAAAUCAUAAAAUAUUACCUCAAGAACGGCCUACGGAAUCUAAAAACACAGUGACGCCACUUCAUUCUCAGGCUGCGCCUUCCUUGCUGCAAUCUAAUGACAAAUGUCCCGAUAAUCUUGAUGAUUUCUGCCUGCAGAUUGAGAUCCUGAAAAAGAAAGCUUGCCUGAGUGAACAGAGCCUUCAGAUGCUACAGAAUUGUUCAUGGGGCUUGUCGGAAAUGUUCAAAUUACAAGCUGCCAACAUUUCUGUUCCUGAUCUAGCUUGACAGUUGCACUACCUAUUAAUUCAAGUUAAUAUCAUGAGCUUUUAAGGUGAUUAUAGUUUUUCAUGAUUUACUCUAUAGGUGGACGGACAGUCAGCGAGUGCUAUGGUAAUAAUUUUCCGAGUUUAAAUUACAAAACUGUUGCGACUUCACGUAUAUUGGUGUCAAAUCUUAGGUUAAAAUGAUGCAACGUCGUGAAGUGACUUCAAAAGUGGAAUUUAAAAGUUCCUUGCAUCCACUCAUGAGUGUAUAUACUUAUAUACUUAUAGUCUGAAGUCAAACGAUGAUUAUUUUGUUCAUUUAUAUAAUUUAUUUGUGCUUUACUGCUGUGUACAAUAGUACAAAUAUCUUUAACAAGUCUUAUAGUUUCAUUCUUUCCGUUCUAGUGAUGAUGACUUUGAAUCUUCGGCCUUGUUACUUGUCGAUAUUAUUAUAUAUUUUUCAAAAACAGUUCGCUUUGAAAAUUUUUAACAUUGGGUUUGCAGAUUGUGACAAGAGUUUCGGCGUUUAAUUGAUAUCACAACCAGAGUUUUGCAAAAUACCUCUUGAAUAUGAACUAAUUCUCGUGCCUCAAUGGCAUUUAACGGACUCAUUUAUGGUAGUUCAUUAUGGGAAUAUCUGUUCAUAUUUACUUUCUCUGAACUUACUUUAUGAAUAAAGUAAAAGCUGUAAUGCAUUUCAAUAACCGCUGCGCUAUGCACAGUGAACAUUUCCGAGUCAGAAUGCUUGUGAAAAUAUAAUGCAUUUAGAAAAGUUAACCAAACUUCGGCAGAAACAACAAAAAUUUUGACACUUCUUCACAGGAUCCUUUUUUUGAAAGCUCGAUCCCAUAACGAGUUUCGAGCUCUUGUAAAGGAUAUUUAUGAAAUUAUUUAUAUUAUUUCUUUUUUGUUACAAUUGAACUCUUCACUAGAAGCUACAUCAAAUUUUCCUAUGUACGUCUUUGUUUUUACUUCACUUCACGCAAGAGAGGAUUUGUGGUCGAAGUCUUGCCCAACUAUCCAUGCCUUUGAACCUCAGAGUCACGAAAUCUUAUUAAUGAAGAGUUACACUUUGUAUUCUGAACAAAUUCUUACGUCGUAUGAGAAAACAUUCAGAACUCCCUUUUAUCUAAUAUUGUCACACACCCAUCAUUAAACUGGUGGUAAUAUCAGCUACCUUGAGACGCGUCAUUCAUAUUGAAGCGCGCUUGCUAGGUGCGAACGUGAUUCUUACCUGCUGUUAAUUUAAAUGCAGACUUUGACUUGUGAUGCUCGAGAGGCAUAUAUCCUGAGAUGUAUGGCAAAGAUACAACUUGGUAGCGGCACAUGACUCGUUUAGUUAUCUACAUCAGUCUACGCCGAGCUCUGGUCUUGAAUGGUGUUGGGACUCGGGAUGUUAUUUGUCUUGGGUAAUGGAGUUCUUGUUUACUUUGAACACUAUUUCCUUUAUACUGUCUAAAGGAAACGUUGAUUUGGAAUAUGUUAUAGACACGUAGAAGAUAAAACUUCAAAAAUAUAUAUUUUCUUAGUAAUUUGGUUGAAGAAAUGUUCAAAAAAUGUACUUACAGUUGUUAUAUUGCGCUCAAUGCAAUUAUUUUGAGCUUUUAGAUUAGAGUGUAUAUAUCAUUUAUAUGUUUAGUUUACAGUGAGAAUUUAUCCAACGCAUUUCAAAUAAACUGCAAACGUACCUUAGUUUCAAUUUCUUGUCGCUCUUGGUUCAACAGUUGAACUGCAAGAUAGUCGCGUGAGCUGGCCGGUCUCAAGCAUCCUGUCCUCAGCCUUCUAAAUAUAUUGAAGUAAUUACGCAAUUUCCUUAGGCAAAAUAUUUUUUUUUUUGAUAUUAUAACCUGUUGUAUUCUAUUCAAAUUUGUACAUUUUGCUGUAAGUUUGGAAUCGUUGCAUUGCACUUUUUUUUACAAAAUUAUACGUUCGGUUAAAAUCGGACGAUAAGUUUCCUUCCUAGUACCCACCCAUGUUAUAUAUAUAUAUAUAUAUAUAUAGUCUUUGAUAUCCUUAUUUUUUGGCAUGAGUGGAUCUGCUUCCAGUUAAGUUUUAAGUUCAUCAGAGUCCGAGUUUAGUGAAGAUGCAGAUAAGAAGUUCGUCGCCGAAACGUUCAGCUAGCAAAGCUCGGUUGCCUGAAAUCAACAUCGAUGUCGGGAACUUGCACGACAAUUCCAGUCAAAUAAAAAAUCGCUCCUGUGGAUGUCAAAAAGCCUGCGAAACAGCGCCGGGGACUGCAUUAAUCGACAGGUUCAAAAAGUACGCUACCGCCUCCGAUCCUGUAUGCGUACUCCGCCUCUUGUUAUGCGUGACCAUCCUAAUGACGACGUUAGUCAUCACAGCCGCUGCCUUCCAAAUUAUUUUCAACUUGUGGAUCGAGCCGAGCUUUGACUGCAGCACUAGUACUGAGUCCGACCUGCCGCAGGGCAACGUGCGCUCGUCCUUUGUCUUCACUCGUGGCGACGAUAUUUUCAUCGCUAAGGUUCAGGUGGAGUCGUGCGGAGGUGACAACCAAACCAUUCAAGUGAACAAACUGCAAUGGAGCCCCGCCAGCGUGAACUUUGACUCCCCCUUAACUUUCAACUUCUCGGCCACCGUCAGCGACGUCAUAUCUGCGCCAGUCCAGGUGUCGGUGAAGGUAGAGCGUCAUGUGUGGCUGAUGUGGGUACCUGUGCCGUGCGUGGAUGGCGUGGGCAGCUGCACGUACGACGACGUCUGCAGUUACACUCCGUCGCCUUCAUGCGCGGUGCUUCCUCACAACCUGCACCUGCCUUGCUCCUGUCCCGUCAUGCCUGACAAAUACUUCGUUGAUGACGGUGAGGUCGAACUACCAGGCAGCGACGCGAUUCCUGAGUGGGCAACCCACGGCUGGUACAGAGCGACGGUCACGGUGCGCAGCCCAGAGCAGGACAAGCAGCUUGCCUGCUACAAGGCUAAGAUCCACCUUGGUUAACUCUUCCUUUACACGUGCGUUAAUCGUCGCUAAUGCUCGACGUAUCUGGAGGCCUGGGCCAAACUAUCAAAACUCUCUCUCAAAUACACUCAGCUGCCAAUUUCUCGUCUGUGAUUGCUGCAUUCAGAUUAAAAAGCCGUCAGUAAUUGGCUGACGGAGCUAAGAACUCUCAACUAAUUUUGAUAAUGCGGCCCUGGAAAGUAGAGUUGGCGUUUGCUGAAGAAAUGUUAACUCUUGGGCUACAGAUGAACCGUCUAAUCUCAAGGCCGGGCAACUAGAAUGAGUUGACAUCUAUUCUGCGGAUACAUUUCCAUCGUCAAAUCUUAUUCAAUUUGAAGGCCUGGCGACUGGCGCUACCUUCAGUAGACUUGUGGCUGAAAAGAAGACUAAGAUCGAGAUCUUGCUAUUCCACAAUUGAUACGAUAUAUAAGCCAAUAAGAUUUUACCUUGGGCAUCUGGAUUCAUUUAGGUAGGUAGAUAAGCCUCCUUAGGCUUCAAAUGUGAUUUUCAUUUGGCCCUUGCAGAGAUCUCACUGUCCCCUCAGUAUACACUACCUCUAUAAAUGUAAUACAUUACUGUUAUUCGGUUUUCUUUUUAAUGGAAAAAGGCGUCGGAUUAAAACCAUUCACAUGCCAUUAUUCAUAUAUUUGCGGGAGUCUGUACAAAAGUUCAGAACUCGUGACGCGCGAUGAUGCCAAUGCCAUGGAAUGUGUAAUAUAUUGAUUAUUAUGUGAAUAUGGAUAGGAUUCAUUUUCUUUUAGGUUGAAAGACCUAAUUUGUAAUGCCUUAUUUUUAAUUUGUAAGGCCUGCUCAACGUGGCCUUAGUGAUUUUAUUAUUGGAAUCUGAUCUCAAGUUGGAAACAAGACAAAAAUUCCACAAUUGCCAACAAGUCUGAUGCACAUAUUCAGCAGAUUAAUCCCAAGUUUUUGCACAAGUUUCUGUUGAAAUUUAGAACUAAGCAGUUAUUGAAUACGCGUGACGACGUUCAGCCACGCGAUGAGUGUCCAAAGUGAUUCUUACAAAAUCUAAGAAAAUUUAAAGCACUUCAAUAUUUCUGAGAUUCGCACAGAUGACUAAUACUGUAUAUUACUUCACAAACUCACUAACACCUAUAAGACUGCAGGAAAAAAGAAACUUGAUAUUUAAUACGUAUUUUAUGAUAGGAAGGUUAAAAUUAUUUGGUACCUUCUGCUGAGGCAUCUUUAAAGGAGAAGUGUGAUAUGAAGUACAAGCUAUACUUCAUUCUUAAUAAGCAAUUUAUGACUAAUUAUUUUUGUAAGCCAAGAAUACUCGAUAAAAUCGUAUGAGAAAUAAGUAGUCAUGAGUUCUCUACUCGGGUACAAUUUAUAGUCUUAAGCUAGUAAACAUAAAAUAUUUUAGUAGUAUUUUGUUCAAAUGUUGCAAAUGACCGCCAUCAUGUUGUUUGCAGCAAAAUUUAAUAAAGCUAUUUUUUGCACAGCAAA